GGCGCUAAUGCGCACCAGAAGGUUGCUUGCCUACCGCCAUUAAAGAAAAGAAGAAGAAGUGUCUUCCGGUAUGCAGAAGUACUCGCGGCAACAUAAACAUGGGAUCAUGGUUAGCAACUGCGGCCUUCACUUGUCCUCUCUGUCGCAACGUCACAAAGACUCCCGUCAUCCUCGAGUGCAAGCACAGCUUCUGUCCGCGGUGUAUCGGGGACUUGUGGAGUGUUUGCCCGUCCGGGCCCUACAAGUGUCCCGGAUGGGGGUGCAGCACCAGCUACCGCACGCUGCCCUUCGACAGAUCUUUGUUAUGGCCGCACAAAAGCAGCCCGAAGGCUCCGACCUCCAGCAAUCUCGACACAUCCAGUCAUGCUUUAAACACUGAUUCCCCGUUGAGGAGGUCUUCAAUCGACAGCCGACCCUUUGGGAAGAGAAAGGCGAGCACACCGGUUCUAAAGGAACCGGACACCAAACGGCCAGCUACCUGCGACAUAUCGGAUGACGUCCAGACUCCAAAACAUUCCUCGUCCGACACGCCAGGACAACUCCGCAAUGGGAAGGCAACCAUUAACGGGAUGAACUCUGAAUCGAAAGAGCCCGCGUGUGAUUAUUCCGGUGACGAUGUCACACAACACACAAGUGAGGUGUCACAACAUGAAGAAGCAGAUAGAAUCAGGACCAGUGACACCGACUGCCGCACUGAAGCAGAUUUAUGUGAUGCCUCUCUUCUUGCAACAGAAAAUCAUUCCUUGACAAAAAAACCUUCCUCGCCUGCCAACCUGCAAUCAUUCACUGCAGCCUCAACUUCACAGGAAUCAGUGUCUCCUGCUAGCAAGUCGAUAACUCCGAUGUCUACCAAGCAUGCUGCAGCAUCCCCGAUCAAAAUCAGGGUCUUCUCCAAGCCCGAGCACAGAAACACAAGCCUUGUGCCGUGCCAUUAUUGCCCCAAAACGGUGCGUCAGUUAGCCGUGAAGACCUGUUUGGUAUGCGGGGCGUCCAUGUGUGCAAAGCACCUGCGCCCACACAUGGAGUCCUCCGUCUUCCAAAGCCACACCCUGGUUCCGCCCACCGUGGACAUUUCUUUCUGGAAGUGCGACGAGCACCAGGAGCUCAACCGCAUCUACUGUCGGCUGUGUGCUGUGUGCGUGUGCACUCUGUGCACCGCCAUCGGCUCCCACCGCAACCACGUCUGCAUCAGCACCAGGGAUGCCGAGAUGGAGAUCAGAGAUAAUCUGACAGAAGAGAUCAAACAGCUGGUCGUGGCCAAACAACAAGUCAAAGGCCGAAUGACGGAAUUAACUCGGAUGAAAGAAACUGCCCAAGCUCUUUUGAGCGAUUCGCGAGCUGGAGUGGAGGAGCAGUACGCCACAAUCUUAGGUGCCCUGCGGCAAGAGGAGCAAGCAGCUCUUCAGGUUGUGGAGGAGGAGGAGAGCAGAGUGGUGGAGGUUUUGGGGAAGAAACUAGACAACCUUCAGAACUCCCUGCAAUCCAUCCAGCAAGGCCUGGAGACUUUGGAGGCACUGGCUAAUUCUAAGGGGGGAGACAAACUCCUCAAGGACCAGGCCUUCCUUUUUGAGUAUAGCAAGGUUGCACAACUUGACACGGAAAGUUGUGUGGAUCAGCUGGAGGCUCCGGAGGAGGUGGAUGAAGUUCGACUGAAAUGUCUCCAGAAGUGGACGCAGAAGCGCGUGGACAAUGUGGUCAUCACUGAGCUGAACAAGGACAGAGAGCUAUACAAGCUGCUUUAUGGCACGGUCCCCACUUUGGACGCAGACACAGCCCAUCCCAAGCUGCGUCUGUUUGAUAACAGGAAGGUGACCUACUCCGAGAUCCAGGAGGACUAUACGCAGCAAGAAUCUCGCUUCAGUUCCUUCCCACAGGUGCUCGCUUGCCACGCCCUGGAAGUAGGUCGCUGGUACUGGGAAGUAGCUGUCACUGCGGACCAAGGCAGCUGGAAGGUGGGACUCUGUGAGGGUUUAAUGGAGAGGAAAAGUCCGACGGACAGCUCUCACUUGGGUCACAACCGGUCGUCAUGGUGCCUGGCGUAUGAGCGGGGUAAGCUGGAAGUGCUGCACAACAAGGUGGCGACUCCUGUGAUCGCACACAAGUUGCAGCGGGUAGGAGUGUUCCUUGACUUAGAGGAGGACACACUGACGUUCUUUAAUGUUACACCAGGGGGCAGUCUUGUUCUAAUGCAUUCCUACAAGCACAGCUUUGCUCUGCCUAUGUACCCAGCAUUAUAUGUGUCCAAAACACGGCUGGCCUUCUGUACUCUAUUUUAACUGCAAUCUGGCGUACACUGGCAUGGCAUUUUCCAUAAUCAUGACCUAAAUGACAACUAAUCCAGCACUGUCUUCAUGACAAAGACAAGACUGGCUUUAGUGAUUCAGGAGGUGCCAAACAUUUAAACGUUGUGCUCUAUGAUUGGCUAAAGUGAGCAUUAUUGUUACAAAGUUGACAUGAGUAGCAGUUGAUAGAAACAGUAGAUGUGUAGCGGCAACGUGGGAAGAAAGAAAAAAAAAAAAAGACUAACUAGUGUACGCUCAGUUCCGUGUGAGGCGUGAAUGUUAGUCGCCGACAUGAGAGGUAAGCAUGCUAACUACUGAGUUAAAUGGCCAGUCUAUUCUGAUUGAUAGCUCUGAAUUGUUCAGAAUCUGGUUUUUGCUUUUAGUACUGAUUGUUUUAUAAAGCUGCAGCUGUGAUUUUUCAGAAUUGUACAUUUUGUAUUUUGUCAUUUUACAUCUUUUAAACGCAUUUUGAAGUUGUUCCAUUCCGUCACAUUCACUGUAUUUGUCAAUACAACAUUGUCAUACGUAAUCCUGAUCUUGUGAAAAUAUGAGUAAGGAUUUGAGUCUUAUCUUUCUGUACAAAUAAAUAAUCAAAUCUACAAA